AUGCACGUUCCCACUCUUUGCUUGGUGAUCGCAUUCACCAUCUUGACUAUUCCUACCAUUGCUCGACCGAUGCAUUCUGGUAUCGACUAUCAACGAUACCUUGAAGAGAUCGACACCACUCAGGCUGAUCUCGACGAAUGGAGAAGCAAAUUCGGUGACGUUGCCCAGAAGAACGGCUGGAUGCCAGUCUCGGAGGCCCGCAGUGCUGACGAUCAGGAGGAAGAUCUUCGUCAACGCAUUUUCUUGACCAAGCAGAGCAUAGCUAAGGUUCAAGCAGCGAAUCCCAGCGCGAAUUUCUCCAUCAUGUCGCCAUUCUCAGCGAUGACUGACGAGGAGUUCAACAAGUACGUUCUCAACUCGUACGUUCGUGGCAACUCGACACAAAGCACAAACCGAACGAAUUCGCGGCAACUGCGCAGUGCUGGCAACUCGGAUUCAAACAUCGACGCAGGCUCCGACAACGCGUCGAUCAUUAAAACCUUCGAAUCCCUCAUUAAAACUUUCUUCAACGGGUUGAAUACGGCUACAAUUCAGCCCACGAGUGACAGCUCGGCCAACGUUAAAAGGAGCGGAAGUCAAGCGAGCUACAAGUUCUCGGAUUUCUGGGAUUGGCGUCCACUCCAACCGACGACUAACGCACCAGCCACGACAUCGUCGCCAACAGUGGCCGAGGCCAGUACUGACUCGGUGGAUUGGUCGACAUCGAAGUGCAUGGCUCCGAUUCAAAGCCAGGGUUCGUGUGGUUCUUGCUGGGCUUUUGCCACCGUUUCAGCUGUCGAGUCGGCGCAGUGUAUUGCAAGCGGGAAACAGUCACUCACCAAGUACUCAGAGCAGCAAUUAGUGAGCUGCAACACUCAGAACUGGGGCUGCGAUGGCGGAUCUCCAGUGUACGCGUUCGACUACGUGCAGCAAAACGGUCUUUGCAAGGAAGACAGCUACCCGUACACGUCCAAAGGAGGCUAUGCCGAUUCUUGCAGUCGAAGUUGUGAUGCACAGGACACCGGACUCACAGGAUAUUCACAGGUUACUGGUGAAGAUGAAUUGCUAAAUGCACUUGAUAAACACCCGGUGAUCGUAGCGGUAGCUUCGGGAAACAAUGUCUGGAAACAGUACACUGGUGGCGUGGUGUCUUCGUGUGAUUCUUGGCAACCCGAUCAUGCCGUUGUUGCAGUGGGUUAUGAUUCUUCGUCGCUCAAGAUCCGCAACUCGUGGGGCACGUACUGGGGCGAAGAAGGCUACAUCCGUCUUGCUCGCAGCUCGUCUAGAGAGGGAACGUGCGGUGUGAUGAUGGACAUGUCGACUCCGCAGAUGUAA